GCUGCAGGAGCUCCAGAAGGCAGUUACCUCUGGCCCGGAUUGGUUCACUGCUCCGAAAGGCACCAGGAGGCUAGGUGACAGCUCACUGAGGUCCCGGGGCAAACGAGGAGGCUGCGGUCCGCGGUCCGCAGGAGAGUUUCUCAGGUUAGGCGCAGGCGCAGAUGUGUUAGGAGCGGCCACUGAGGCGGACGACCCAGCAGCGCUUCCGGGUAGUUCGGUGGCGCCUCGGACUUGGGGUCCUCGACCUGGGCCAAAGACCCGAUCCCGCGAAGGCGGCUUUCCCCGGUGUGAGAGUCGCGGACCGCAGGAGAGGCAAAAAGAAUACGGAUUGGACCAGACCCGAACCACCGACCCUUGCCCAUGGCGGCCUUCGGUCCUGGCAGCCAGAAUGUCACUGAGUAUGUCGUUCGAGUUCCCAAAAAUACAACCAAAAAAUAUAACAUCAUGGCCUUCAAUGCAGCUGAUAAAGUCAACUUCGCUACUUGGAAUCAGGCCCGGCUAGAGAGAGAUCUGAGCAACAAGAAGAUUUACCAAGAGGAGGAGAUGCCUGAGUCAGGUGCAGGCAGUGAGUUUAACCGCAAGCUUCGGGAGGAGGCUCGGAGGAAGAAGUACGGCAUCGUCCUCAAGGAGUUCCGGCCUGAGGACCAGCCCUGGCUGCUCCGAGUCAAUGGCAAGUCGGGCAGGAAGUUCAAGGGUAUAAAGAAGGGAGGUGUGACAGAGAACACGUCCUACUAUAUCUUCACCCAGUGCCCUGACGGGGCUUUUGAAGCGUUCCCAGUGCACAACUGGUACAACUUCACGCCGCUGGCCCGGCACCGUACGCUCACUGCUGAGGAAGCCGAGGAGGAGUGGGAGAGAAGGAACAAAGUCCUGAACCACUUCAGCAUCAUGCAGCAGCGGCGGCUCAAAGACCAGGACCAGGACGAGGAGGAUGAGGAGAAGGAUAAGCGUGGCCGCAAAAAGCCCAGUGAGCUGCGCAUCCAUGACCUGGAAGACGACCUGGAGAUGUCAUCUGAUGACAGCGAGGCCAGCGGCGAGGAGGGUGUCAAAGCCCCCAAGGCCAAGAAGAAGGCACCGAUGACUAAGGCAGGCCGGAAGAAGAAGAAGAAGAAGGGGUCAGAUGAUGAGGCCUUUGAGGACAGUGACGAUGGGGACUUUGAGGGCCAGGAGGUGGACUACAUGUCUGAUGGCUCCAGCAGCUCUGAGGAAGAGCCGGAGGGCAAGCCCAAGGUCACCCAGCAGGAGGAGGGUCCCAAGGGCGUGGAUGAGCAGAGCGAAAGCAGUGAGGAGAGUGAGGAGGAGAAGCCUCCUGAGGAGGACAAGGAGGAGGAGGAGGAGAAGAAGGCACCCACCCCACAAGAGAAGAAGCGGAAGAAAGACAGCAGUGAUGAGUCUGACAGCUCGGAAGAGAGUGACAUUGACAGUGAGGCCUCCUCAGCUCUCUUCAUGGCUAAAAAGAAGACUCCCCCCAAGAGAGAGCGGAAGCCAUCAGGGGGCAGCUCAAGGGGCAAUAGCCGGCCAGGCACACCCAGCACAGAGAGUGGCAACACCUCCUCCACCCUUCGGGCAGCUGCCAGCAAACUGGAGCAAGGAAAGCGGACAAAUGAGGCGACAGCAGCUAAGCGGUUGCGGCUGGACAGUGGACCCCAGAGCCUGUCUGGGAAGUCGACCCCUCAGCCCCAAUCUGGGAAGUCAACCCCCAGCAGUGGUGACGUGCAGGUGACUGAGGACGCUGUGCGCCGCUACCUGACACGGAAGCCCAUGACCACGAAAGACCUGCUGAAAAAGUUCCAGACCAAGAAGACGGGGCUGAGCAGCGAGCAGACAGUGAACGUACUUGCCCAGAUCCUCAAACGCCUAAACCCUGAGCGCAAGAUGAUUAACGACAAGAUGCACUUCUCCCUCAAGGAGUGAGGGGCUGGCCCCCACCCUUUUGCCCAAUAAAUAAGCUCGUCUCCAGAA